UUCUUUGCUUGCCUUCUGAUAAUCUUUGGAGCUGAGAUCGCUGCUGGUGUGUUUGGAUUCAUAAACAAGGAACAGAUUGUUGAGGAAGUCCAAAAGUUUUACAGCAGCUCCAUCGCUGAUGUCUCCAAUCCCAAUGGGACCGCAAUCGCAUUCAUGUACCACAAAACUCUGAACUGCUGCGGAGGCUCCACAUCAGAAACAACUACGGCGCUUUGUGCAGAGGCUGAGGAGAACACCCAGGACUGUCUCACUGCAAUAACAGCCUUCUUCAAUGAAAAGCUGUAUAUUAUUGGAUACAUUGGGAUUGGGAUCGCUGGAGUAAUGAUCAUAGGAAUGAUCUUCAGUAUGGUGCUGUGUUGUGCCAUCAGGAACAACAGGGAGGUUAUAUAG